AUGGUACCACCUUCAUCCAGCGUAUGUUAUCGCGCACGACCGUCCUUCUUCGCUGCGCCAACAAACCGUGAGUAAUCGUCUUAUGCGUCAUCGUAACGGUUUCUAUGCUGUUAUGACUGCAGAUUUCCACAGAAUCACGCGUCUGCUCCUCGUGAUCGCUUUUUUCGAUUUUAUUCAUCUUUCUCCCAGUUUCUAUUGUCUUUGUAGCAGCAGAUUUGACUCAAAAACGAGGAAAAACUGAUAAAACUUGGCUGAAAACCAAGUUGAUAACACUUGACUCGAAACAACACAGAAAAUAGGAUAAAGUUGACCCAAAAUAGAAAUGAAUCGAUUUUCGGAACUUUGAAGGUAUUGUUAAUUGUAGUUUUUUUAACAGAGUUAUGGAUUGUUUUGGUCAAAAUUUUGUUUUGUUUAUUUUGGAGCAAAAAGCUACAGAUUCUGCUGGUUAAAAUAGUUAUUUUCGACAAAGUUUGUGAUCUAUGGACCUUGUUUUGCCGCUAAUUUCUUUGGAAAAAGAAGAAUAAGCUGUUUUCUUUAUUUUAACAGUAAAUUACGGUUUUAAUAAAGCCAUAUGAAAAAUAUUUUGAGUUUAAAAGUUCAAUGAACUGGAUAAAUGAUAAUAUUUUUAAAUCUAAAAAUAAUAUAAAGCGCCCAUAAUAACGUUCAGCCGUUCAAACUGAUAAAAAAUCAUGAGUCUCGAACCCGUUUGAUAACAAAAGUUAAUCAGUUUGUUUUCAGGAUCCUUCUCCGAGUUCCACGAACACUAUCCAUUACUUUGUGAGUCGUCUGAAGCCGCCAGCAGCACGACAAGCGCGAAUCCACUGUUCACGGAGCAAGAUGAAGCCGGACGUCCAUCGUUGUUCAAGUCCAAUCUCUACCAUUCGCCCUCGGCCCAAGCUGUAAUGGCUGGGCAUAGGUUUAGUGGUCUGCGCUUGCCCACUUCACAUUCUAGUCCGUGUAUCGCUUCAUCGUCGAGUGAAAAUGAGCCUUCCGGGCCCACCGAGAUUCUCGACUUUAUGUUUUUGGGCUCGCAAGAAGACGCUCUGGACAGGAACUUUAUUUCGGUGAGUCAGGGGGUUGAAUCAUUUGAACCCUUGAUCUUUUGGAGUUGAUUUUUGUUUUUAGGGACUAUGAUAUUACACUGAGUAAUAUCAAAUGUGGUUUUGAAGAUUUUGGAGGUUAAAAGGCUUGUUACUUCAACGAUAAUGAUUUCUAUAAUUGUUUGAAAAAGAGUAAAAUUAAUUAAAAUAUCAAAUAACAGUUAUCAACAACCUAUUAGAUCUAAAACUCAGGAUUAUACUCUUAUAAUAAUAAAAUGUCAUUUACAGAAGCUGCCCAUUCAAAAAGUGAUAAACAUAAGCGAAAAGUGCCCUCGAUCUGAUCUCAUCCUCAAUGACGAACGUCAUUUCCUGCGCAUUCCGGUCAACGACACGUACGAUGCCAAGUUGUCGCCGUUCUUCGAGAAAGCCUACGAGUUUAUCGGUGAGUUUUGUUUGUUUAUUGUUUUCAUAAAGCAUAGGGAAUGGCAAAAUAAACAAAACUUUGAGCUUUUGGACUAUUAGGAGGGCAAUAUCAUCUUUGGACUACAGUGUUUUUUGGAUUACCGUAAUCUUUGAAUUUGAUUGACCUUUAGGUGCUGUAGUUUUAUAUGAUUUUAGUUUUUUGGAGAAAUCAUGGUUUUUUUACUCUUAACUUUUUAAAAUCAAAUCCUUAUUACAUUGAAGGACGUACAUUUACAGUAUCCCUUAUAAAAUCAAAGUAAUGAUCCCUAAUUCCUCCUUAGCAUCAAAAAUGUUCUUUAAUCGCCCUAUUAAAGCUAAUGUAAUCUAGAAAUGUAAUCUAAAUGUUAAUCCGUUUCAGAAGACGCCAGAAGAAGCAACCAGAAAGUGUUGGUCCACUGUCUGGCGGGCAUCUCACGUUCGGCCACGCUGGCCAUCGCCUAUGUGAUGCGGCGAAACAAACUGACCGCCGAAGACGCAUACAAGUUCGUACAAACCCGCCGUCCCUCGAUCUCACCAAAUUUCAAUUUUAUGGGUCAAUUAACCGUCUAUGAGCGCAACCUGCGCCGCGCCAAACUGCUGCCACCAUGCGCCGAAGCCGCGCCCAGUUUCGGCCGCAAAAGCGAAACUGUCGCGGACUUGCAAAGCUACAGUAGGCAUUGCGAAUCCGAAAGUGGCUUCGAAUCGGCGACGGAGCGAAGUUUUGAGUCCUCUGACAAAAGUUAUGGGUCUUCGAAUGAAAGGAGCUUCGGAUCGACUGAUCGACUUUAUGAAUCCAGAUCUUCUGACUCAUCUUACGGCCGGUAUUCUGAAUCCAGGUAUUCUGGGACGGCUGAACAGUCUUCUCGAUCUUCAGACAGGUAUUCGGAGGCAAGCAGGGCUUCAGAUUCGUCUACGGACAGAGCUUCUGAAUCCUCGUCGAGCCAUAGUCACUCUUCACAAAACCAAGCUUCAGAAGGCUCUUACCAUCGUCGUCAUUUCGAUAAUCAAUCGUCUGAACAAUCACACCAUCGAAACUUUGAAAGUCAUCCUUUGGAAAGCCAAUAUCAUCGUCAGAAUCCGGAUAAUUCAUCAGAAUCCCCUCAGCGUCAAGAAGGAUCGUACAUGGAAUCUCGUCGUGAAUUGCCUUCAGAUAAUGGCAAGCCAAGAACGACGAACAAAAGAACGAUUGACGUGCCGUUGUCGAUGCCACAGCGACCUCGCAUCUUGUUCUCGGAUACGCCCACGAGAAGGGAAGCGACGUCGUCGUGGAAGGCACCAGUACCAACCAUACCGUCACCAUCUACGGAGUUCUCAAAACUUGACAUUUCGUUACAGAACGAUUUGUUAGGCUGUGACACUUCCAUGAAGCCAAGCUCAUCGCAGAACGAUGUAUUCAUGGCUCAAAACGACAUUUCACUAGAGAAUCCACUGUUUGGAGCACCAGAUGUUGACAUAUGGAACUCGAAAGUGGCACAAGUACUACCUGAAGACGUUGGCAAAAACACCAUGGCUACAACUUAUGGUUAUGUCACUCCAGAUGCCAUGAAACGAAGAAUGAAGAAGCCGAAUAACUUGUGCUUGCCCUUGUUCAACAUGAUGGACAGGAGGGGCGAGGGGAGAAGGCGGUUUGCAGACGAUAUGGGACACUGCGGCCAGAAAUUUGGAGGUAAUAUGAACAGUAGCCAAACUUCAGGAGGAAUCAUCAAUCAGAGUUUCACUAUGAAUUCUGGUCGACCUUCUGGAUUCGACAAAUCGUUCCCGAACCGAGGAGAUAGAGCCAACUUCCGCCUUCACACAACAAUGUCCACCGACAACAUACGCAGCCAUGGUAAAGGAAGAUGUCUUCGGCGUACCGCCAGCGACGAUCUGCUACAAAGCCCAUCGGCCGACAAUCUUCCAAGUAUUCUCAACGACAACACAAGGCUAAAAUCAUUCUGUUCGACCUCGAAGUUUUGUCACAAAGCAUUUGGAAAGUGUCAUAAAUCAUCGGACAAAUGUUCACCAUCAAAAUCUACACCAUGCACUUCAAAAGCAACAUCCUCAACAUGCGAGAAGCCUCGGCUGCGGAAACGGUUCCAUCGAUUGGCCAAAAUGGACAAGAAUGGCACUUUCGAUCCGAUCGACGAAGAGGACGAUCCCUCCGAUUACGAGCUACGGAAGUCGACAUGUACUACAACAUCCUCCUCCACCGUCUACUCAUCCAUCUCCACCGACUCGGCCACGUCGGAAAUGGCGCCACAAACGCCGGAAUCCGGCUAUCAGGACGAGUUCACGGCCAAACCCAAAGCGGCCGAAGCCACGGCCUUAGGGCAGGACAGCUUCGACCCAGAGAAAGAGUCACUCUCAUCCAGUUCUAGUCUUGAAAUCGCGGUUCAAUAA